CAAUGAGAAUCGAGUUGGAAAAGGUUAUUUGUUUUCAUUACUUUUUCUAAAUGCAUAUAAACAUAAAAGUGCUGAUAGUAGAUUUUGGCAAGAUUUUAAUAGUUCAUAUGAAGAAGUUUUAAUUAAUGAAUUCAAAAGUCAGAUUAAAUAUUUAGAACUCUUAAAUCUUCUUGAUCCAAAUUGGAUAAAAGAAAAA